AUUUCCAUUAUCUUUUAAAAUUGAAAGAGUUCCGUGCGACUGAGGAUUAAAUUUUCCUUGUAUCUUUCUCUCUGUUCUGCUACCUCUUCUUUGUUGUCUCUUCUUUCGUACAAUUGAAGACUCAAAAUCGAAGCUCGAAUUCCAACGCCAAAUAGACGGAAAGUGAAACUUGUGUGGCGUUUGAUCAUUAAUCAUUUGAUUGCAUGUGGUCUGCUGCAUGGCGAUAAAUGAUGAUAGAGUUGUAUAUUCUUCCCUUCCUAAGAUGGAAAAAAGGGAGGAUAGUAAGUUCCCAUAUAGGGAACCUGUAUGGGAUGUGUUGGAAGACAAGAAAACCUACCUAAAAGACAAAAAAUUCACCAAACAAGAUUAUACAUACCAGUUUCCACGUCAAUCUGAAGACUUCAUUGAUGAAGGAUAUGAUUCAGGUGAGGAUCAAUGUUAUGCCAUGCAAAGUAAUAAUAUGCCUCCUGAGGUAAACUUGAAAAAUGUGCUGAAUGGGAUAUUUGCAAUCAUAACUGGGCAAAACAAAGCUCCAAGUGUUUCCACAACUCAGGAAGAGCCCACUUCAAAUGUUUCAUUUCUUGGAUCUGGGAAGAAUGGUGAUACAGACUUGCACUCCUCGGUGUACAUACCAAGUGCACCACCACUUCUUGAGCCUGAUGGAAUUAAAUGUACUGCUUACAAAGAGGUUUUGGAAGCUGAUCCACCGGAGUGGCUUCCUGAUAGUUCCACUACCGUUUGCAUGCAGUGCACUGCUCCAUUUACUGCACUUACACGUGGUAGACAUCAUUGUCGGUUUUGUGGAGGGAUAUUCUGUAGAGCAUGCACCAAGGGCAGGUGUUUGUUACCUGUGAAGUUUAGGGAACGAAAUCCUCAGAGGGUUUGUGAUGCCUGCUAUGAUAGACUUGAUCCUUUGCAAGGAAUUCUUAUUAACUCUAUCAGCAAUGCUGUGCAAGCGGCAAAACAUGAUGUGACGGAUUGGACGUGUGCAAGGGGAUGGCUUAAUCUUCCAGUUGGUUUGUCUAUGGAAUAUGAGAUAUACAAAGCUUCUAAUGCAUUAAGAAGCUACUGCCAGGUUGCUGCAUUGAAUUCUGAGAGGUCCAUACCUAUAGCUGUUCUGAAAGAAGCCAAAGGCCUUGCUAUCUUAACAGUUGCUAAAGCUGGUGUGCUCGUUUCUUACAAACUUGGCACUGGUUUGGUUGUUGCUAGAAGGUCAGAUGGCUCCUGGUCUGCUCCAUCAGCUGUAAUGUCAGCUGGUUUAGGAUGGGGUGCUCAGUCUAUUUGUCAGAUUGGUGGUGAACUCAUGGACUUUAUAAUCGUGCUCCAUGAUUUAAAAGCUGUGAAGACAUUUUGUAGUCGCAUGCAUUUUUCUCUUGGUGCCGGUUGCAGUGCUGCAGCAGGACCGGUUGGGAGAGUGCUGGAAGCAGAUAUUCGGGCUGGAGACAGAGGUUCUGGCAUGUGUUAUACUUACAGUUGUAGCAAAGCAGGAGCAUUUGUUGGAGUGUCGCUUGAAGGGAACAUUGUCGUGACGAGGAUGGAUACGAAUCUACGGUUUUAUGGUGAUCCUUAUCUGACUACUGCAGACAUUCUACUCGGGACAUUGGACAGGCCGAAAGCUGCUGAGCCUUUGUAUGGAGCCCUUGAAGAUCUUUAUUCCAGUCUAGGCUGUUAGUUUUAGCUUUCGGCUGCACUUUUACUGGGUGUGGCACUAGUCUGCUGAAUUCUGAAAUUAAUUCAUUACCCAAUAUGUGAUCAAAUCUGUAAUUAUAAAUCUAAAAUUGAUGGGAAAAUAUAGUUUAAGGAGAGACCAAUGAUGGUCCAUAUGUAUUUAUGUUGUUUGAAAAUUGAAAUUAAUAUAAAUUUGAUUAUAAAAUUAUUUAAUAAA